CCCCUCAUUGGUCAAUUCCAUUGCAGGCGGCAACACCUUGGCCAAUCAGCCAUUCCGUCUUAACUGGUCAUGGAUCUCACUGGAGAGGGAGUACUACGAAGUGAACGAGACCGAGCGAUACCUCAACAUCAAGCUCGUCCGACGUGGAUACCUGGGAGAAACCUCAUUUGUUGGCAUCCAGACCGCUGACGCUACCGCCGUCGCUGAUGAAGAUUUCCGUGGCAAGUCCGCCCGCCAGGUGCAGUUCAACCCCGGCCAGACCGAAGGAUUCUGGCGAGUCCGUAUCCUCAAUGACCGUCUCUUCGAGCAAGCCGAGGUGUUUGAGAUCAUCCUCCACGACCCUGUGAUGGGCGCCCUGGAGUAUCCCUACAAUGCAGUUGUGACGAUCUUUGAUGCUGAAGAUGAAUCUGGUGUAUUCAUUGACCUCCCAGACAACUACGUCAUCGAAGAAGACAUCGGAGAGUUCCUGGUCCCCAUCAGGCGUACAGGAGAUCUCUCACAAGAACUAAUGGCCAGCUGCUCCACCAUGCCAGGCUCUGCCACCGGAUCUGACCCAUCUCCCGUCCUCACCUUCUCCGACUACAUCAGUCGAAUGGAGGAGGACCCCGACAACAUGGUCGCCUUCGACAAGGGAGAGGACCUCGCCUACUGCCGUAUCCUGAUCAUCGAUGACUCCCUCUACGAGGAGGACGAGACCUUCCAGGUCAAGCUCAGCAACCCUAUGGGCGGCAGGAUCGGAAGCCCCUCAUCGAUCAACGUCAUCAUUUCCGGUGAUUCCGAUGAUGUUCCAUCAUUCUACUUCGGCGAGCCCGAGUACAAGGUUGACGAGAACACCCCAUUCAUCGAGGUCACAGUCUUCAGGACUGGUACCGAUGUAUCCAAGAUGGCUUCUAUCACUGUUCGAUCCCGUGCCUCCAACCCCGUCUCUGCCAUUGCUGGUGAAGACUACGCUGGAAUCAGCCGCAACCUGGACUUCGCUCCCGGUGUCAACCAGCAGACCGUAAAGGUUUACAUCAUCGAUGACCGUGGUCAGCCUCGUCUUGAAGGACCAGAGACCUUUGAGCUCGUCCUCAACAUGCCCAUGAACGGCGUCCUCGGACUACCAUCCAAGACCGUCAUCACCAUCAAUGACACCAUCUCUGACUUGCCCAAGGUUGAAUUCAGACACCCCACUUACGAAGUCAACGAGAAUGACAUCAGAGUCACCGCAGAGAUUGUCCGCACUGGAGAUCUGUCCAUCGAGAGCUCCGUCCGUUGCUACACCCGCCAAGGAUCCGCUCAGGUCAUGAUGGACUAUGAUGAGAGACCCAACACAGAGGCUUCCCACAUCACCUUCUUGCCUGGCGAAAGGACCAAGACCUGCUCCGUCCUCCUGAUGGGAGACAACAUCUACGAGCCUGAUGAAUCUUUCCGUCUUGUCCUUGGAUCACCACGUACCGCUUCAGGCGUUCCUGCCGUCAUUGGCGAACAGAACGUAACCGUCAUCACCGUACACGAUGUUGGAGAUGCUCCAGUCAUCAAGUUCCCCGAGACCAAGUUCAGCGUUGAUGAGCCCACCGACCUCGACUCUGUCGCCACGGUAACCAUCACUGUCAUCCGCAUGGGAGACUCCUCCCAGACCUCUAUUGUCCGUGUCUUCACCAAGGAUGGCUCAGCCAGGAGUGGUCUGGACUACAACCCCCUCUCGCAAGUGCUUGAGUUUGGCUUCAAUGUGACCGAGCGUGUUGUCGAGAUUGAGAUCCUUCCAGAUGAAGACAGGAACGAGAUGAGAGAGGCUUUCACCCUUCACAUCACCCCUGACCAGAUGAUGAUUGCUGACGUACAGAUGAACCAUGCCAUCAUCUACAUCGAACAAGAAGGCCAGGCCUCUGGAGUGACCUUCCCAUCCCAGCCGGUGGUCGUGUCCCUGCUCGACUACGAUGACAUCUCCAACGCCAGGGAUAACCCACCAAGAGGUUACCCACUCGUCUGUGUCUCUCCUUGCAACCCCAAGUACCCUGACUUUGCUACCACCGGUCCUAUCUGUGAUUCCGAGGGUCUGAACGACACUGUAACCCAGUUCAGAUGGAUGGUCUCCGCACCCACCUCCGAGACUGGUGUGACCUCCCCUCUCAGGCAGGCUGAUAGUGACACCUUCUUCAGCACCACUAAGAGCAUCACCCUGGACAGUAUUUACUUCGGACCUGGUUCCCGCGUCCAGUGCGUAGCCCGUGCCAUCGGAUCAGAGGGUGAUGCCGGCCGUGAACAUCCCAGUCCUGCCAUCAUCAUCAGCUCCACAGACGGCAUGUGCAUGCCACGAGUGGCCAACGCCAUCGGAGCAGAGCCCUUCACCGCCAGGAUGCGUUACACCGGACCUGCUGACCCAGACUACCCCAACAAAGUCCGUCUCACCGUCACCAUGCCUCAUGUCGAUGGUAUGCUUCCCAUCAUCUCCACCCGUCAACUCUCCAACUUCGAGCUUGCCCUCAGCAAGGACGGCUACCGUGUCGGAGUCCACCGAUGCUCCAACCUUCUCGACUACGAUGAAGUCCCAACCGACUUUGGUUUCAUCACCGAAGAGACCAAGAACCCGAACGUCGUCGGAGACACCUACGCUUACCAAUACUCUCCUGAGCUCCGUGGAGAGGAGACCCUUCGAUUCUACCGUAACUUGAACCUUGAGGCUUGUCUGUGGGAGUUCAACGCUUACUAUGAAAUGUCUGAGCUUCUGGACGAGUGCGGUGGUUUGGUCGGCACCGAUGGACAGGUCCUCGAUCUGGUCCAAUCCUACGUCAGCAUGAGGAUCCCUCUCUUUGUCUCCUUCGUCUUCCACUCACCCGUUGCUACUGGAGGCUGGCAGCACUUUGACCAGCAGUCCACUCUGCAGCUGACCUUCGUCUACGACACAUCUAUCCUUUGGCAGAACGGAAUCGGAUCUCAGGUCACAACUGGAACCCAGUCACUCCAAGGUAACCUGUACCCAACCAGCAUGAGGAUCGAUGAGGAUGGCCGUCUCGUCGUCAACUUCAGGACCGAGGCACUCUUCAAUGGUCUCUUCGUCCAGGCACAUCAAUCUACCGAUGUUGUUUCCACUGUGAACUCCAUCGACCAUGCAGGACUCACCUACUCCCUGUCUCUCCUCAGGACUGAACCAACCUACGCUCAACCUGAACAGCUCUGGCAGUUCAUCUCUGAUCUAUCCGUAUCCGACUACAGUGGAACCUACACCAUCCAGCUGAUUCCUUGCACCACCCUACCCAACACCGUCUACAGCCAGCCACCUACCUGCAACCCGGAGGACACCAUCACCUUUGAGCUUCCCAUCAGAUUCCAACAGGUCAGCGACCCAGUUCCCGAGGAGUACAGCCUCAACACCGAGUUCGUCCUUGUGGGCAAGGAAUCCAUCUACUUGUCUGAUGGCUCCAUGGGCUUCGGAGAGGGCAGUGAUGUCGCCUACAACCCAGGUGAUACCAUCUUUGGACGUAUCCAUGUCGACCCCGUCCAGAGCCUUGGUGCCGGCUUCAACCUUGACAUCCAGAAGGUAUUCCUCUGCACCGGACGCGAUGGUUACAUCCCCAAGUACGACCCUGCCGCAAACGAGUACGGAUGCGUGGCUGACACACCUAACCUUCUCUAUGCCUUCAAGAUCUUGGAUCGUGGAGCACCAGAUACCAUCAUGCAGGAGUUUAACGGAAUCGCCUUCAACGCUACCCUUGCUAUCGACAAUACCAAUGAUCUGGAGCUUGUACAGCAACCAGGCGCUGAUGGCUUUAGACUGGCUAGUGAUGCUCUCUUUGGGGUUGACUAUGGCCGCACCUGGUAUCUGCACUCCAUCUAUUCCAUGCGCUCAUCUGAGACAUCUGGCAUCGGCAAACGAGACACCACCGAGCACCACGCCAUCGCCAAGCGACAGGCAGACUCUCUGGUGGACCCUGCACAGGGUCAGGGAACCAACAUGAAGCGCAUUUCUCUACAGACAUCGUCAAAUGACUUCAAUAACGAAAUCGGCGGCACUUACGAGCUGGCCCCUGCUGGCACCAACGUGGUUAUGAUUGCUGUCAUUGUAGGUGUUAUUCUUAUUAUACUUCUGGUCGCACUUGUUAUAGGAGUGGUUGUAAGGCGGCGUCAAGCCAAGCAACAGCCCGUUGUGGUGGUUAAUGGCAGCGCAAAGGUUGUCUCAAAUGUCCAUUUUGAUGACAACACAGAAGUCUAAUGGAUUUGCGCCACUUGGAUGUAAUUAUUAAAAAAAGAAAAAAAAAAGAAAGUUAUUAAUGGCAAAAGAGGAGAAAAAUUCAUAGGGCUUGCAUCAUACAUUAUCACUUAAUAAGAACGUUCAAUUAAUUUUUUGUUUUGUUACGAAAGACUUCAAAAUGCUGCCGGACUUUUGAUAUAAGAUUCCCAACUCUUUUCUCUUUCUCUAUUCGCCCAUAUCUGUAGCGAUUUGUUAUUCUGAUCCCUGCAUUUUGGGGAGUGAGAAUCUGCCAUAUGAAUUCAUUGUGUUUCCUAGACAUGGUGUGACAAGUGCCCUAGAAGUUUGUUUGUAAUUUAUAUAUUUGUGUAUGCUUUGAUCAAAUUGUUUUUUCUCUAAUAUAUAUUUACUUGAUGCUAUCUUUACAAAUGAAUGUAGAAGAAAAAACUCUUGGCUUUAGCCAGAGUAAGAGGUUGACAAGAGUCUUUUAUUUUUUUUCUCUUUUUUUUAAGCAAAAAAAGAAUCGUGUGUAUUUCAUAAAGGUGCUCAUUUUGUAAAAAGAUAUUAUAGUCUGUAAUUGCGAAUGAAUUUGUAAGAAAUAAGUAAUACUAGGUCAUUAACUGGUAGGCUAGUCAAUAAUUAAUAUCUUAUUGAUAUUAGUAGAUGGAAUUCUCCAGUUUUUAUAUAUCACUCUUUCUCCACAGCGAUUCCACCUCUAUUUUUAUCUUAGCAUCAUAGUCUGAUCUAGUGCAAUUUUUUAGAUUAGAAGUUGCUUUGCUUUUUUCUCACCUUCCACCAAUAUACAAUGAGUUUGAUAGACAAACAAGGUAUUUUGACAAUUAGUUUUACAACUAACAGGCUAUUUUAAUCAUGUGUAGAUAAUUAAUGUGGUAUCAUACAAAUUCAUAUUUGAAAUUGUCUACUUUUUUAAAUGCAGCACUUCAUUUGUACAUUUUUAUCAGAGAAAAUUGUUCAAAUUUCAUGACAUUUUUUACAUUAGAGGAGUUUAGUAGCAUUUUUAGAAAGCAAUUUGUAUAGCCAUGUAAAUUCAAUAGCAGUGUACUUAAGCGUAUAUUAGUAUUUUGCUAAUGCAUAGAUUUGUUUGCGCAAAGUUGGAAUUUUUCUCUCCAUUUGGAGCAUAAAGUAUGUCAUUGAAACAUACAUCAAAUAGAUAAAUUCAUUGUAUUUACAUUGUAGGUAAUCUGUAUUAACAUCAAAAUUUUGUAGCAUAUUUGUUGUGUAUGUAGGUUGAUAUAUGCAAAGGCAUUUUUUAUAUAUUCUAUGCAAGUCUAAAUUAACUUAACAUGAUGAUAUUGAUCUUUAUUUUUUUCUGUUCUGAAUUGGUGCUUCUCUAAUUAAUUUUUAAGUUCUUUUUCAUUCUUUUUCUUAUUCUCCUAAAGAUCCAUAUUUAUCCUGAUAUAGUAGUCAUUGACUUGUAGAUAAUUCAUAUCUUAUCUUUAUAUGCUGUUAACAAGCAUUUGAAAGUGCCUUAACCCUAUUUAACAUAAACAUACUGUUGGUAACAGGGUUCUGUUUUUUAAGAAUUUGAGGGAUCAUGUAUUUCUUUUUUAUAGAAUCCCCUUAUGAUGUUUAUAGUCCAAGCAUACCGUAACCUGACACCAUCAGCAUUUGUAUAUCAUAUUUUCCUGUCUUAUAUUAUUAAAGAGAUUUGGUAGUCUUUGUGGUUCAGAUAGUGUGUUCAGACGGCUGCAUCGCGCAGCAGUCAGUCACACUCAUCUGAACCACCUUGCCACUAAGAUUGAUAUGUGUUUUUAAACCACCUCCUUCAACACAUAAGUGAGUAUAAGGAAUAAUUGCCAUUGUUUCUCUUUCACAUGCAAAAUGCUGCAGAUGUACAUUGUAAUGAUGUACUAAACUCAUCCCCCGGUUUGCCUUUUUAAAAAUUAUUUUCUCUUUUACUAUACCAUUAUUGUUUUGUUUUUUACGUUGUGUGUGUAACCAUUGGCUGUUUUAUGUAUGUCUCUGUUUUAAAUUGUGUUUCAGUUUCUCUUUUUGAUAUGUUUGAACGAGAGCUUUUGCCCUGCUCAAGAAAGUAUGUCUAAAUGUGUUUGAUCUUUCAUAAGUUUAGAAAUGACCGACUGAUUUUUGUCACAAUUUCAGCCUGUAUCGGGCUUCCGCUGUGAAAAUAAAUCAUUUUGUCGACUUAUGAGAGUGGAAAUCUUUCGACAUAUUUUCUCCAACCCAACGUGCACUGCUCAAUGUAGACAGAAUUAACCAACUUAAAAAGUAUAAACAAAAAUAGGAUCAGUAUGAUAGGAUCAUGAACAUUAUGGAAUCAAUUGAUUUCAUGAAAUUCUCACCGAUAACAAUCCUACGUCUAAUUUAUUAGAAAAGACACCUGUCACAAUGCCUUUACAACAUCAAAAUCUUCCAAGUAAUUCUUCCAAUCCAUGACAUUGCAAAAUGAGAGAAUGCAAACUAUAAUUUUGUGUUGUAUUUCUGUUUAUUGAACCAUUUUUAUUUUCUUUGUUAUUAACAGCUUAAGAUGUAUGAAUUUAUUAUUUAAUUUUUGCACAAGUUGAAACCAUGAGAGACUGAGGAAAUAUGUACAAUUCAUUUAUUAAUACAGUUACUGAUUUUUAUCAACUUGUGCUCUCUGUAUGUCUCUUUUGAGGUGGAGGGUACACGGUGUAUUAUUUACCGUAUAAAUGUAAACAAAACGUAUUCUUUCCAAAUUUCAAACCAUCGUAACCUAUAUGAAGGGCAUGCGAGACAGACAACAUAAAUGAUUGUUUUCUUGUCUCUGUGUUAUGUAAUAGACUCACCUAUUCCGACAGUUUGAAUAGAUUCUAACAUAAUGCUUUGAAUUUGAAGAUGGUUCUGAAAAAUUGUCAAUAAAUUGUAUCGGCCUGGCGGGGAAAAAAAA